AUGAUUCAUUUUGUUUUAACACCUACUGCACCACGGCAGCUCAGUCCAGCAGUCUGCUCGUUGAGAAAGCACCAAACCCACCGUAAGCCUCGCACGCCGUUCACCACCAUGCAGCUGCUGGCCUUGGAGAGAAAGUUUUAUCAGAAGCAGUACCUGUCCAUCACAGAACGAGCUGAAUUCUCCUCCUCCCUGAUGCUGUCUGAGACCCAGGUCAAAAUCUGGUUCCAAAACCGACGAGCCAAAGCCAAGAGGCUCCAGGAGGCCGAGUUGGAGAAACUGAAAAUAAUCGGCCUCAAAGCUCUCUUCAACCCCGGCUUCUCCUCCUUCAGUUUCCCACUAAGUGUGAACCCGCAGGCUGGACCAGCUGCACCCUUCCGACUGAGCUGCAGCCCCCUUCUUCCUGCUUCACAUCUGGCCAUGUACGCCUCCCAGGUCGGCCUGUUCCAUCUCACCUGA